AUGAAGUCCAACGAUGGCAGGGAGGUGGAGAGAGUGGAGGCUGCCUUCGUAUGGGCCAACAACAGGAAGAUCUACAUGUUCAGCAUUGGUGAGUUCUGGAGGUUCCAGGAGGGCCGCAAGGAGGAGAGGAGGAAGCCGGAUGGGGGCUACCCCAGAGAUGCGGGCCUCUGGAGAUGGGUGCCCAUGGACCCUGAUGACUUCAUCAGCUGGGGAGAAGGUGAGGCCUUGAGAAAGACUUGAUACUUGAUGAGAUGAAAGUGGGCUCCAGUGUUAAUGUAGAGAAAGUGAUAGUUCAGGGUUGUUCUAAAUGACUAGGGCCAAGAGUUUUUCUGGGCCGUGUGACCUGACAGGUAAAAACUCUGCUUGGACUCCUUGACACCUUGACCUAAAAUUAUAAUUAGUUAUUAUUCAGUUGGUUGAAACUAGCAUGAAAAAUACUGUCUAGACCUCAGCUCUGCCUACUCUCCAACCAGAUAUCUUACCCAAGUCUGCAUGCCGGCUUGCAAUGACAUAAACAAUCAUUAAACAACCCACCCACUUUUCAAAGCAUUUAAAAACAAUUGUUUGAUUCUGUUGCCUAGGAGAUGCUUACUUGUUCAAGAUAACCUCUAUUGGGUGCUGAGGAAAGGAGGACUGAACCAAGAUAAUGUCUCUCCAAAAUCCAUUGCGGUGGAUUGGCUCAGGUGUACACAAGAUCCCACCCCCCACAAGUGCCCACCCCCCACACCCCACCUUCUAGCCAAUCAUCAUCCAAGUGGAAGAGACUGCAGAGAAUCUGCAAGGCCCAUUUGCAGUUGGCUGAUCUGAUCCUGCUACAGUAUCUCUCACUGUAGUAUUUGUUUUAAAGGUGCAAUAUGCAGAAAUCGCUGCGCCAUUUCACUUCUUGCUAAAAGUCUAAUAGUUUGCCUAAUUUCAGUUUAUGUGACAAAACAAGCUGUAGAGAAUCACUGUACCAUCUAAACUGCUGUAAAAUACAUUUUCCAUAACCAAAAACAUUGUAUUUUCAGCUGUUUGAAGCUGGUGUAUAAAACUGAAAGUAAAAAUCGCAAAAAUGAAACUCAAGAAUGGGAACCAUAGAAAUAGCACACAUAGCACAGAUCUACUGCUUCUUAGACUUGCUUUCAAUGAGAAUGACAGAUCUAUAACUCACAUUUCUAUGUGAAUUUGGUUGCGUCUUCCCAAAAAGUUACAUAUUGCAGCUUUAAAUUAAAUAGUUCGUAGUAUAACGCAGUCAUGUCUUCUCCUUUGGGAAAUGUUAAAUGAUCAUUUCAAAUGGACGUUUUCAAUAAAGGGUGAUUCGCUCUGCUGUAGUCCUGCACUUAUACCACUGGAGGGUCACAUUGUCCUUCAAGGUAAAACCUAGGCUCGUGACUGUUUGUGAGUUUAUUUGUGUUUAAAAUGUAGAUUCAGGCAUUGUUGUGUGUGCAUAUAUCUGUGCAUUACUGUAUGUGUGAAUCUCCACAGUACAGUACAGCACAUACAUGGUUCUCUCAUUUAUAUAUCUGACUGUGAUUAUGUGUUCCAGUGUGGAGAUGAUGGUCACCCAGAGCUAUUAUUAUUAUAGUUAUUAAAGACAAAGCAUGUUGAGUUGUGCAGAAAGACCAGCUUACACUCUCUCACCUUUCCACAGAAUGGCUGCACAAGGCUCUGCAGACGGACAAGACACGGAGCCAGAGGCUGAUUAAGAUG